UUCCGGUCGGCCUUCUGUGUUAUAAUUUCUUUCGUUUUCGUCUAUUUUUAUAGAAUUACCGAAGUUAUGUUUCUAAUCUAACUAACUUAUUACAUAAUUCUGUCUUUUCUAACGUUUAAAAUAAGAUAAAGGUGUAACAAUGGCUUCUCAACAGAAUGCCACUCCUCCUCCACAACAAUUUAGUCUCGUCCCCAAGAUCAUAAAUGGCGGUAUCGCGGGCAUCAUCGGUGUGUCGGUGGUUUUCCCCUUGGAUCUGGUGAAGACUCGCUUGCAGAACCAGACCGUGGGGCCCAAGGGCGAGAGGCAGUAUAAGAACAUGUUGGACUGCUUUAAGCAGACGUACCGGGCCGAGGGGUACUUCGGCAUGUACCGCGGCUCGGCGGUCAACAUCCUGCUCAUCACUCCCGAGAAAGCCAUCAAGCUCGCUGCCAACGACAUGUUCCGUCACUACCUCACCAAGAAGGAUGGCUCUCUGCCGCUGUUCCGUCAGAUGAUCGCGGGUGGCAUGGCGGGUGCGUGCCAGAUCGUGAUCACCACGCCCAUGGAGCUGCUGAAGAUACAGAUGCAGGACGCCGGCAGGAUCGCCGCGCAGGCUAAGGCCGAGGGCCGCAAGUUCGAGCGUACCACCGCUAUGCAGCUGACGCGGCGGCUGCUCCGCGAGCGCGGCAUACUCGGCCUGUACAAGGGCAUCACGGCGACCGCGGCGCGCGACGUGUCCUUCAGCAUCGUCUACUUCCCCAUGUUCGCGAUACUGAAUGAUCUGGGACCAAAGGAGGUGCCUGGAGGUCCGCCGCCGUUCUGGUGGUCAUUCUUAUCUGGUUGCGCGGCGGGCUCGAGCGCGGCACUCGUGGUCAACCCGUUCGACGUGGUCAAGACGCGCAUGCAGACGCUCACGAAGGGCACCGGCGAGCGCCAGUACACCUCCAUCUUGGACUGUAUCAGUAAAACGAUGAAGCACGAAGGACCAACGGCGUUCUUCAAGGGAGGUGCGUGCCGUAUGAUCGUCAUUGCGCCGUUAUUUGGUAUCGCACAGAGCGUGUAUUACAUUGGCAUCGCUGAAAAUUACCUCGGCAUCAAGUAAAAAAAACUAAUCGAACAUUGACACAAGUUCAAACCGUAACUUUACAAUAGCGCCAAGGCUUAUUUAGCUUACGUAAAGCCGUGUGAACGGGAUAGAAAUAUGUUGCGUGAUCAAAG